UUGUUGCGCAUGCGCGCUGGCGUACGGAGAGGACAGCUUUGUUUGGUUAAUCGGUGCUGCGACUUUGGACGAGUCGUCUGGCUGUCUCGACAUGCAGGCAUGUUUUUUUUGGGUAGUGUUAGAGCUUGUCGACUUUAUUUAAUAGUUAGUCGUCGUUUCUCCGUGUGAACGUGUCGGACGACAGAAGUCUGCACCUCCUGUAUAUAAACAAAACGCGGCGAGACGCUUUUUUAAGGUGGAACGAAAAAAAGAAAAGGGAGACUUUUUUCCCCCCCAAGUUAGAAAACUUCGUGUUAGCUGCUUCGUCAAAUUAUGGAUCCAGCUUUCCCGUUUUCGUAGGAGUUUAACACUCCGAAAGGUGUUCGUGCGAACAUGAGCGAAGGGGACAGUUUACUACUGGGAAGCCGGCCCAUGGCAAGUGAAAGAGGGGGAGAACAUCCCUGCAGCUGCCUCCGCUUCACAGAGGAGAAAGGAGCCGCUAACGAGGCUGACCUGAGCCCUCCUGGUCAGACUUCCAGGCUUUAGUUUAGGGAAAGCCUCCUUUCGACAUGGAGACGGUGGGGAAAUUCGAGUUCAGUCGGAAGGACCUGAUAGGACAUGGCGCAUUUGCUGUCGUCUUCAAAGGCAGACAUCGAGAGAAACACGACUGGGAGGUUGCAGUAAAAUGCAUAAACAAGAAGAACUUGGCCAAAUCUCAGACACUACUGGGGAAAGAGAUCAAAAUACUCAAGGAGCUCAAACAUGAGAACAUUGUUGCGUUACUGGACUUUCAGGAGACGGUGAGCUCGGUGUAUCUGGUAAUGGAGUACUGCAACGGUGGAGAUCUCGCUGACUACUUACACUCCAAGGGCACUCUGAGUGAGGACACCAUUCGAGUGUUCCUGCAGCAGAUUGUGGGGGCCAUUAAAGUCCUACAGAGCAAAGGAAUCAUCCACCGAGACCUGAAACCACAGAACAUCCUGCUCUCAUACCCAGCAGGACGCAAGUCCCACUGCAACAACAUCUGCAUCAAGAUCGCGGACUUUGGCUUCGCCAGAUACCUUCAGAGCAACAUGAUGGCAGCUACACUCUGUGGCUCCCCCAUGUAUAUGGCUCCUGAAGUUAUCAUGUCCCAAAACUAUGAUGCCAGGGCUGACCUGUGGAGUGUAGGAACCAUAGUGUUUCAGUGUUUGACUGGGAAGGCCCCGUUUCAAGCCAGCAGUCCUCAGGACCUGCGGCUCUUCUACGAGAAGAACAAGAAUCUCAGCCCCAACAUUCCAAGAGAAACUUCUCAGCACCUGAGGCACCUGCUCCUGGGUCUGCUGCAGCGCAACCACAAGGAGCGAAUGGACUUUGAUGAGUUCUUUUGUCAUCCGUUCCUGGAGGCUAGCUCUUCUGUCAAAAAGACGGCUCCCACGGCGACGAUGACCUGCUUACCGAGCUCAGCCUCAGCCAGCUCCUGCAGUAGCUCCUCCACCUCUCACCUCGCCUCGCCACCGCAGUCUCUUGCCGAGACUCAGCGUGCCAAAGCCGUAGCCUCCCCGACCCAGGAGGCCACUGGUUUCCUUCUCAAAGACUCGUCUGGGGGAGGCGGCAGCAGCAAGAACUCCUCGUCCUGCGACACUGAUGACUUUGUCAUCGUGCCAGCUCAUUUCACCACAGGCGAGCUGACAUGCGAGAGCAAAGUGCUGCAAGACAGCCUGAUGAACAGCGAGUCCCUUCUGGCUUCAGCUGGUCUGAGCAAUCAAGCCAAAACCCCACCGCACUCUCCCACCUACAGCGGCUCUCCUAGUCCGAUACGGCUCACUGAGUUCCCAGGAAGUAAUUACGGUGGUAACUAUGGAAACCAAGGGGAAUCAUUGCCGAUUCCAGUCCCAUCUCAGGUUCAAAACUACCUACGUUUGGAGGAGAACCUCAGUUCUACCAAACAAGACGGCUCGCCUCGGCUGUCGACGCCGGUUCGCCGUUGCAGCAGUGGAAGUGUGGUGGGCUUUACUCGACCUGGACCCCCACCGUCAUGUGUGCAGGGAUCAUCCCCCACAUCCCGCAGACUCUCUCUGGGAGCUGCCAGAACCUUGCAGUUGCCUCCAGCUUCCCAGCAGCAGACUGAGUCGAGGCCAAUUCCUCAACAGUCCCCACAGGCGGCAGGCCUCGGCUCACGGCUCCACAGCGCCCCCUGUCUGCUGGAGUGUGCAAGCGGCGGCAGCAGGCACAAAAUCCGGAAGCAGCUGUCCGAUCCUGUGGCUCCCCUCUCAGCGGGGCUCUUGACAGGCCGGCCCCUGCACUCGUCUCCCAGACUGAGUGAGCUGAUGCAGCGGAAUCCUCUCCCCACCAUCCUGGGCUCUCCCUCCAAAGCCAUCCCUCCAUUUGAAUUCCCUAAACCCCCCAGCUCUCCAAAUCUAAUGACUUUGCUGACAAAGCAGGGUAUGGUCAUUGUGCCCCCUUGCAGCAGGACUGCCCCCGGAGAGCUCGGAGACAUGCAACAAGCCCCCUCGUCUGGUCCCCGCACCGCCCACUGCAUCCAUAGACUGAGUGAUGAUAACAAAAGAUUUGGAAGGUCUCAGAGUGCUGGCGGUCUGUCUGACAUGCUGCUGCUGGCUGCAUUUGGAGCAGGGGGACACGCCGGGGACCGAGGCAGCACAGAAAACCUGACGGCUGCAAAAGCCAUAGAGAUAACAGGGCCCCCUGGUGGAGGAUUUGCUCCUGGUUGCAGCAGCGCGGCACAGGUGGUUUUCACUGUGGGCUCUCCACCAAGUGGCAGCACUCCGCCUCUUACCUCCAGACAAAGAAAAUGCUCAGGCUCCUCCUUCACAUCCGUCAGCCCGGCCUGCUCCUUCUCUGCCCGUCACACUGGCACAUAUGCGGACGGCUUCGAGGCUCCUCCCAGUCCUCGUUACAAUUUCGCCGACACUGUCACUGCUAACAUGGGGGGUCCUGUGACCUUUGAGGCUCCCGAGCUGCCUGAGGAGACGCUGAUGGAGCAGGAGCACACGGACAUGGUGCAGAGGCUGCGUUUCACUCUGGAGUUCACCCAUUGUCUGAUGGAGGUGGCGGGGGCUCGAGGCGUAGCAGCGGGGCCACUGGGGGACCUUUCCCACCUCUCUCUGCUUCAGCAGCAGAGUCUGGUGGCAGAUCAGAUCAGCUCAUUGAGCAGAGAGUGGAGUUUUGCAGAGCAGCUGGUCCUCUACCUGAAGACCACAGAGCUUCUGUCUGCUGCUCUACACUCCGCGAUGGAUCAAGUUAAGCAGGGCAGACUCUACCCAUCUGCGACUGUCAAACAAAUUUUGAAGAGACUGAAUGAGCUCUACAAGUUGAGCGUGGCCUCCUGCCGCUCGCUCAGCACUCGGCUGGAGCACUUCUUCAGCAGGAAGCACCGCCUGAUGGACCGCAUCACCUCCAUCACCGCUGAGCGGCUGCUCUUCAACCACACCGUGCAGAUGGUUCAAGCCGCUGCGCUGGACGAGAUGUUCCACCAGGGGGAGGCGUCGAUCCUGCGCUACCACAAAGCUCUGCUGCUGAUGGAGGGCCUCUCCCUGCUGCUCACCCAGCAGGAGGACAUCCUCAGUGUUAGCAAGUGUAAGGAGUGCAUCGAACGCCGCCUCACAACUUUGCAGUCUGGUCUCUGCGUUUAAGUCUGGAUGUCAAUCAUUCUGCACUGUGAGCAAUCCACUUAAACAGAUCAGCACCCGGAACUGGUGGCUCCAGUCAUAUCUUUUCAGUUUCACACGGCUUAGGUUUACAUCAAAGUGAAAGGGUUUUGUUGAUGUCAGUUCCAGUUUGGGGUGGUGGGAGGGGCCUUCUACGUCGAGCUUGGAGCAGAAGAGAUGGUUGCUAAGACGACCGUUCCCCCUCCAGCUGCUACAGACUUUCCUGUGAAAGCAGUCGUUGCCAAGUAGUUCUGUUCAUUUCAUAAAGCACUCUAUUCAUUCAUCUUCUUCCGUUUGUCCCUUUCGGGGUCACUGCGCUGCUGGAGCCUAUCCCGGCCACUUAUGGGCCCUGCCUUCGCCCAGAAGUGGCCGGGGAUAAAGCACUCUUAAGUUUGGAGAUAUCAACCAGUCGCUCACACUAUGAUUUUGUAAAGAGCCGCUUUGGAGUGGGUGGGAACUCAGCUUAGUUAGGAAUUGGGGGCUGGAGGAGCAUCACCUGCUGGUCUCCGGUCCUAGACGAGCAAUGUCCACAUUUUCAGUCCAUCUGUGUCUCUUCUUUCUUACUUUCUCUCUGUCUUUCAUCUUUCCGUUGACAGUAAACAAAGCAUAGGAGUGCUGCAGUCUCUGAGAGUUUCUAUUUGUCAGUUCGAAAAAAAAGAAACCCUUUUAUCUGAUUUUUCCCCCCCAAUUUUGUUGUGAUAUUUCCAAAAGGGGGCGUGUCCCGAUUCCUUAGCUUUUAUUGGAGGAAAACCGGACAGGUCCGGAACCGUCUCAAAGGUGGCGUCUGCAUCCUGGUUUGUUUUUAAUCCAAGAGGAGGUGAAGGUGGUCUAUUGGUGUCCUCCAUCACUUUUGCUUUAAAGAAUUUGAACCUCUGACUCUAGAAGACCGCCUCCUCCAGAUGCUGGUCAUUUUUCCCUUUUGCUGUUUUAACCACCAAUCAUGUGUAAUCCUCGAUGAAUGUAGGCUUUCAGGAGAUGAUCGGCUUUAAUAUGUGACGUUUGAAACGUCUGAGCUCAAGUCUGGAGGCUUUUUGCACUGUUUUAGUACUGUAUAAAACAAGUGGAACAUGCCAAGCUCAUCUUGUUUUGGUAAAUGUGUUUGCCUUCAGUGCGGUUUGAGUUGUGUUGCAGUGGAUUGUCUAAAGGUUUGAUGUGAGAUGGUUGAAUGGGGGGAGGGGUGGUAUAAGAUAUAAACAUAGGAGAAAUAUGUAUUUACACUGAGACAAAAAAAAAGUGUGUAUUUUGUUGUUUUGUGUUUGAUUUCAGAUGUUAUUUGUUUUUAUUCUGAAAAUCCACAAGUUGGAUGUUAGCUGGACUUAAAAAUGUUUACUUUAUCCAGAAUCGUAUUUAGACUUUACAAAAGAUUGGGCCAACUGAAAACCUUUAAUGGUGGUUGAUGUGAAGGAGUUCAAGCCCGAAUAACAAAAUGUUUGACCAAAAAUCACCCUUUCAACAAAUAAAAGUUUAUAAUAUUAAAACUUUAUACGAUGUAUACAAUGGAGCCCCCCGUAGAAGCACUACCGGAUGGAGGGCUGUCAAUCGACAUGUUUUUUUUUUAUCUGCUUUUUUGUGUUUGAACAUUCCUAAAGUCGAUUUCUACCACAGCAAUCUGCCCCUUCAGACAUGGUAAGGUCUGGACGGAAGCGGGCGGCAUAGAAACUCAUGCAUGUGUCACUUUGUUCCCCAACAAUCAUUGCUGUUGGACAACUCCCAACACAUUAAAAGUCUCUGAUUUAGAUGUUCCUUUGUUUUGAUUUGUCUGAACAUUUUUACUUCACUAACUCUGUCUGUUUUUGUGCGAUUUAAGUUAUUGUGAAUAAGACACUGCAGGCCUGGAUAGAUGUAUAGAAGGUAAAGAACACCUGUACAUUUCCAAAGAAUCUGCGUUUAGCCUGAUCUUCCAUACUUUUUUAUAUUAUUGUGCAAACGCUGUUGCAUGUUUUCAUCUCCAUAACAUGCACUGUUUGAAAUGUCCCUGUGUUUAAUGUAACCAUUCCUGUUUAGGAGCAAUAUCAUAAAUAAAGUUGAACUGAAAGGUCAUUGGGCUGAAGGUUUUACACAUUUUCCUUUUUUUUUUUUUGCUUAUUUACAGUUUUCCCUUUUUCCUUUUUUCCAAUGUAUGGAAAAAGUGGAGAUCAUCUGCUGAACUUCCACUGGUGUCGUACAAAAAUAAAAACAUUUGUGUUGCAAA